AUGGCGUCAAGACUGGAUCGGCUGGUGACUAUCCUUGAAACCGGGAGCACCAGGCUAAUUCGAGAAACUGCCGUCAAUCAGCUCGCUGACUGGCAAAAGCAACAUCCUGACGAGCUUUUCAAUCUCUUGUCUCGGGUUGUCCCCUAUCUUCGCCAUAAGGACUGGGAAACUCGCAGUACUGCGGCCAAGGCUAUCGGCAAGAUUGUCGAAAAUGCGCCGCUCUAUGACCCAAAUGCAGACGACGCCACCCCAGCACUGAAGAGUGACCAAGAUGCGGCUGAGAAGAAUGGUCACAUCAAGAAGGAAGAGAGUGAGGAGCUUAUCAUCUCUACAGGUGAAGAAACGCUACGAUUCUCUUCACUCGAUGUCAACUCAAUCUUGAAGUAUGGCCGGGAAUUGCUUCGCGGAGGAGGCAUUGAAUACAGUCUGGCCUCGCUGGAUCCUCAGGCGCGCUUAACACAUCAGAAAAAAACGCUUUUGGGGCGCCUGGGUCUUCUGGGCCGAAAGUUUGAAGACCAAGAUUUACCCGUCCCGUCAGACGGACAUACCGUGCCCCCAACUCCUAUGGACCGCAGCAAUGGUAGUGGCCCGAUAAGAAGCGAUAGCAUCUCACAAAGUCAAACGGGAGAGGAAUCACAGCUCAGUUCGAGACAGUUGAACGUACUGAAGAGAAAACGGAAGAGAGAAGUUAUGAAGGCUUCGCAAGGAAAAGGGGGCUUCGGCGAUCUUUCUCUCCGACGCUCGGCUACGCUUGGGUCGGAAGGGCUGGGUAGCGAUGAGGCUGCUAAAGCGGAAGGUGAACUCAAGAGGAACGGCCAAAUGAAUGACUACUUCAACCUCGAGCGCCCCGCUGACGUCGAUGAGGAUACCAAGGUUGUCAGUGAGUUCAAAGGAUCAGUCAUUCCGAUCAAAUCAGAGCUGGAAAUGGAAGAAGAGAUGGAAGGAGUCGAGUGGCCGUAUGAACGACUGUGCGACUUUCUCAAAAUUGACCUCUUCGAUCCGUCCUGGGAGACUCGGCAUGGAGCUGCAAUGGGGUUGAGGGAAAUAUUACGAGUUCAUGGUGCAGGCGCAGGCCGCGAGCGAGGGAUAUCCAAAGAGAAAAACGACGCCCUCAACUGCGAAUGGCUCAACGACCUUGCCUGUCGCCUUUGCUGCGUUUUGAUGCUGGAUCGCUUUACCGAUUAUAGUUCAGACACCUCUGUUGCCCCAAUCAGGGAAACUGUUGGGCAAACUCUGGGCUCUGUGCUGAAACAUGUCCCCCCGGCGUCUGUACACGACAUUUAUCGCACUCUCUAUCGCAUGGUAAUGCAGCAGGAUCUCGACUUGAAGCGCCCUAUCUGGGCUGUGCGCCACGGAGGCAUGAUUGGCCUUCGAUACGUCGUCGCAGUAAGAAAAGACCUCUUGUUACAGGACGGUGACAUGAUUGAUGGCAUCAUCAGAGCUGUCAUGAAGGGAUUGGGUGAUCUGGAUGACGACGUUCGCUCCGUGAGCGCUGCGACCCUCAUUCCCAUGGCCAAGGAAUUCGUUACGAUGCGACCAGACCAGUUGGAUAGUCUUACUAGCAUCGUCUGGGAAAGCCUGUCCAAUCUCGGCGACGAUCUCAGCGCAAGCACUGGCCGUAUCAUGGAUCUUCUCGCGACUCUCUGUGCCUUCCCGGAGGUUCUUGACGCCAUGAGAGCUUCUGCAGCGCAAGACGACGAGCGAUCUUUUACACUCUUGGUCCCUCGGCUUUAUCCCUUCUUACGGCACACGAUCACAUCUGUGCGUCUGGCUGUGCUGAAGGCAUUGCUGACCUUUGCUACGUUGGGUGGUGAAACCCCUCGUGGCUGGCUGAACGGCAGGAUUCUCAGGCUCAUCUUCCAAAACAUUCUAGUCGAGAGAGACCAAGAAACGCUCAAUAUGUCGUUGAAACUGUGGGAUGCUCUAAUCACCAGCCUCGCCAAGGAUCCAGCUGUCCUUUCAGACGAGUUCGCACCUCAUAUCGAUCCUCUUAUGCAGCUUACUCUUCACCCUAUUGGCAUCUCGCGGAACCCUAUCCCGAUGAAUACCGCAUUGUUCCAGAAACCGUCUGGAGGAACGUACUUGGCCCAAGGUAUGGCACCGUCGUACGGCCGGCGAAUGUCUUCACCUGAAACGGUAGGCAGAGCUCCGAAACGACGUCGGAGGUCUACGAAAACGGAGGAGCCCGUCUCGACGGGCGUCACUCAUGAUGUCGAUGGUCACAUGAUGCAAGGCGAUGUCGAUUUGGUCGGCAUGGAUGUCUUGAUUCGGUCUCGAACUUAUGCUGCGGCGGCGAUGGGCAAGAUGAUGUCCUUGGUCCCUGCUCAGAGUCUCCAUGAUUUUGACGCGUUACUCGUACCUGGACUGACCUCGGCCUUCUCUUCCACCCAGCUCACAGCCUGCAUAGUGAUAGACGAGUUUGCUUCGCAUAGUCAAACGACUGAUGCAUCUUCAAGAUAUACCGAGCACCUGCAACGCAUCAUCGAACUCGAUCGUCCAUCUUCGUACGGGGACUUGGUCAACUUUGUUCAACGCGCGAGGACACAAUGCCAGCAACUCAUCCUCCUCUUCCGUGACCAUGGCAAGGUCUCUCACAGCAAGCUCCCGGUAUUGCCGGUAAUUGUCCAAGGCGAGCCAGAAGCGGGACCGAGCGCAUUUUCUGUCGCUACUGCGGAGAAAUGUGUCAAUGAAGAUUUCGAGAAGCUCAAGAAGAUGAUGCCCCCAGGUCAACGUUUGAUUGCUAGUCAGCAACUAGCCGAUGCGAGGAACAAUGCAAUAUCGGCAAUAGACGAGGCCAAAUCCUUCAAGGCGGCUCGAGACGUCAGAAUCAAGGCCGGCGCUGCCUGUGCAAUGGUUGCAAUGCAUCUUCUACCCAAGAAACCAAGUCCAUUGAUCAAGGGCAUCAUGGAUUCCGUCAAGACCGAAGAGAGCCAACUCCUGCAGACUCGAUCAUCUGCGAGCAUUGCCAAACUUGUCCGACUCUUUGCCGACAAGGGCCGAAAGGGUCCUGCAGACAAGGUGGUUGCUAAUCUCGUCAAGUUCUCCUGCGUCGAAGUUGCCGAGACCCCCGAGUUUCCCGUCCACGCAGCCAAGACUUCUUGCAUCCUCUCGAUGCAAAAGGAAGAGGAUAGAGUCGACCAUGCAGAUGCAGCCAAGUGGGCAAAGGAGGCCAAAGCCGCUCGCAUCACGAGACGAGGAGCCAAAGAAGCUCUCGAGAUACUGUCUAGAGCCUAUGGAGCUAAGCUGUUUGACAUAGUUCCGAGCCUUCGAACUUUCAUGGAAGAGCCGCUGGUCAAGGCUUUCUCGGGUGAACUACCGCCGCAGGCCAGGGAUCCCGAGGAGGUGUUUGGCCAAGAAAUCGUGGACGCCUUAUCCGUUAUUCGAACAAUGAUGCCGACACUCGAUGUAGGCCUACACCCCUUCGUCAUGGGCUUGUUGCCUCUGGUUAUCAAAGCCCUGCAUUCGGAGCUGUCAGUUUUCCGCUACAUGGCGGCGAAAUGCCUCGCUACCAUCUGCAGCGUCAUCACAGUCGAGGGCAUGACUGCGCUUGUCGAGAAAGUUCUUCCAUCGAUCAGCAAUCCGGUAGAUUUGAACUUCCGACAAGGCGUGACCGAGGCCAUCUAUCACUUGAUCGCCGUCAUGGGUGAUGCGAUCUUGCCAUACGUCAUCUUCCUGAUUGUUCCCGUUCUUGGAAGGAUGAGCGAUUCCGACCACGAGAUUCGACUGAUUGCGACUACAUCGUUUGCAACCCUGGUGAAGCUGGUUCCUCUAGAAGCCGGCAUUCCGGACCCGCCUGGCCUGUCGGAGGAGCUCCUGAAAGGCAGAGACCGAGAACGAACAUUCAUUGCGCAGCUUUUGGAUCCCAAAAAGGUCGAAGAGUUUAAGAUUCCAGUUGCUAUCAAGGCUGAGCUCCGAUCGUAUCAACAAGAAGGCGUCAACUGGCUCCACUUCCUCAACAAGUAUCACCUGCACGGCAUUCUGUGCGAUGACAUGGGAUUGGGGAAAACGCUCCAGACGAUUUGCAUCGUGGCAAGUGAUCACCACCAGCGCCAGGAAGAGUUUGCCAAGACGGGGGCUGCUGAUGUUCGGCCGCUGCCGUCGCUCAUCGUUUGCCCGCCGACUCUUUCGGGCCAUUGGCAACAAGAGAUCAAGACGUAUGCGCCUUUCCUGACGGUGACGGCUUACGUGGGACCACCUGCUGAGCGAAAGGCCAUCCGGCAUAAGCUGGGAGAGACGGAUGUAGUGGUGACAUCGUACGACGUCUGCAGAAACGACACUGAUGUCUUGGACAAGCACAGCUGGAACUACGUGGUUCUCGACGAAGGUCACCUGAUCAAGAAUCCCAAGGCGAAAAUCACGCAAGCUGUGAAGCGGCUGGCCAGUAACCAUCGCCUCAUCCUCACCGGAACGCCCAUUCAAAACAAUGUGCUCGAGCUAUGGUCGUUGUUUGACUUUCUCAUGCCAGGCUUCCUCGGAGCGGAGAAGGUCUUCUUGGAUCGCUUUGCUAAACCGAUCGCUGCGAGCCGGUUCAGCAAAGCAUCGUCGAAGGAACAAGAAGCCGGUGCAUUGGCUAUUGAAGCCCUUCACAAGCAGGUAUUACCGUUCCUGCUUCGUCGCCUGAAGGAAGAGGUGCUCAACGACCUGCCGCCCAAAAUAUUGCAAAACUACUACUGCGAUCUCAGCGAUUUGCAAAAGAAGCUUUUCGAGGACUUUACGAAGAAGCAGGGCAAGAAACUGCAGUCCGAGGCAGGGCGGGACGACAAGGAAGCCAAGCAGCACAUCUUCCAGGCCCUGCAAUACAUGAGAAAACUGUGCAACUCGCCGGCCAUGGUGGUGAAACCUGGAAGUCCGGUUUACGAAGAAACGCAAAGGAUCCUGCAGAAGCAAGGCACGGCGAUUGAAGACGCGAUACAUGCACCCAAGCUUACAGCGCUCCGAGACUUGCUGGUCGACUGCGGGAUCGGUGGCGACGACGGCGAUGCGAGCGACCCCCUAUACCAGCCAAUCAAACCACACCGGGCUCUUAUUUUCUGCCAAAUGAAGGAAAUGCUCGACAUGGUUCAGAACAAGGUUCUGAAGGAGCUUCUCCCCUCAGUGUCUCAUCUUCGACUAGACGGAUCGGUCGAAGCCAACAAGAGGCAGGACAUUGUCAACAAGUUCAACAGCGACCCGUCGUAUGACGUUCUGCUGCUGACGACGAGCGUGGGCGGGCUCGGACUCAAUCUGACUGGCGCAGACACCGUCAUCUUCGUGGAGCAUGACUGGAAUCCGCAAAAGGACUUGCAGGCCAUGGACCGCGCCCACCGUAUCGGGCAGAAAAAGGUGGUCAAUGUGUACCGCUUGAUCACGCGUGGCACCUUGGAGGAGAAGAUUUUGAGUCUCCAGCGAUUCAAGAUUGACGUGGCCUCGACCGUGGUGAACCAGCAAAACGCAGGCUUAGCCACAAUGGAUACCGACCAGAUUCUGGACCUGUUUAACCUCGGCGAUGCGGGGCCGAACCUGAUAUCUGACAAGCCGCAAAACGAGCUGGAUGGGCGCGAGGAAGACAUGGUGGACAUUGAGACGGGUGAUCUUCGUCAGCCCGGAAAGAAAGCAUGGCUUGACGACUUGGGCGAGCUAUGGGACAACAAGCAAUACGAGGAAAGCUUCGAUCUGGACGAUUUCAUGAAGACCAUGUCAUGA